GGCCCGUCAUGGAGACCGGCAGCAGCGGCACCAACAACAACGGCAAAAGACCUGCUGUGCGUUCACAUCCAUCCAUUCACCUUUCUUUGAAGAAAGGCCCCCACGGAAAAGCCAUAAGCUGAUCAUGAUCUUCAGUGCGAUAAUUGUAAGGACAGGAAAACCAAAUGUGAUCGAGGUUCUCCUUGCUCGAGCUGCGUUGCAGCAGAGCUCGAUUGCCAAAUGAGUCAUCGGGCGCCGGAGAAAAGGCAGCGAGUUCUGAUAUCUGCUCGCUACGAUGAAGCCAUGGAAAGUGUGGACCGCUCACUUCGAGAAGUUUCGCAAACGCUACAGAAACUCUUGCGAAACAACACCACCAACACGCAGUCGCAAGAAACCCCAAAAGGCUCUCCUGCUCCUCUAAUCAGCACUCAUGUGUCGAAUGUGUCCGGGUUGACUGAAGGUUACAGAGGUGAUUCGUCGUUCAAAGCCCAUGUCUCGAAAGUGACAGAUGCUUUAAGAGAUGCCACCACCAAUCCGGACUUUUCGAUUACUGGUCAAAGUCUUUCUGCUACCUUUAAUGCUUCACAAGUAAUUCAGAAUGCAGCCGAGAGCGAGGAAACCACUCCCAGUGUCGGUGAAAAUCAUGUGUCUUCAUUCAAGGUCGAAUAUCCAGAGUUACAAGGCAAGAUGCUCCCGUCAUCAGAAAUUGUGCUUAAGUUGCUUCGAUUGACGCAUAUGGAGAAGCAACGGUUCUUCAUCGACGUCCCGAUCAUCGACGAGCAUGAGUUUGGAGGCCUGUGUCAAAAGGUUUAUUUCGCAAUCAAUGACUACUCGUUGUCGGCCUGGGCAAUCGUCAAUACAGGGCUAUUCUAUUUGUUCUUCGGCCUGAAUGAGCACAAUUACACUCAAAUUGGCAUCACUGCUUCAGAAAUUCAAACAAACUCUCAAUUGUUGUCUGGUAACCUAGAAGCUGCAGUACAGUCUCUGAGGCUUUGUCAGGAUCCAUCAACGGAGGGAUGUCUAGCUUUGACACUUCUCGCCACAUUCUGCAUGAAGUCCGGACAAAGCGGACUGGCAUGGUCGUUGGUCGCGUCAGCUUCUCGGAUGUGCAUCGAUCUCGGUUGGCAUCGCUUGAUUCGAGACUCACUAGAAUCUAAAAUUUCGAGGGAAGAAAGGAUCUUCUGGCAAGUUUACAUUAUGGACAAGGGCAUGGCUUUUACCCUUGGACGGACUCCUUCGAUUCAUCAAUACGAUGUCGCAACAGAACGACCGACAUUUCCUCAAUAUUUACCAGAAGGGCCAGGAUACCUGUACCGUGGAUUUCUUGAGUUUGCCGUCAUUGUUGGCGACAUGCACAUCCAACUGUUCUCAGCAGCUGCUCAACGAGGGUCCCAACAAACCCGGAUUGAAAGUGCUAAAACGUUCGCUGCGAGGCUCAUUCAAGUCAACAGCGAUUCGAAACAGUCGGAUAUAGACAAUCCACCCCUCGAUCUCAUGUUCCAAAGCGCAACAACACUUCUCGAUAUCAUCAUGCAUUGUCUCAUCACAAUCGUCUACCGAAUAGUGCCCUGCGAGGUGAUAAACUCACAUCCUCUACAAUGUAAUGUCGGCUGCAUCGAAGCUGCGCGAGAAGCGCUCUUGGCAAUUGUUCGUGGAAGCCAAACCGUAGGACAGAAAAAUCCUACUAGCUGGAGCAUGUUUUUAAACAUGCUUUUUUCGCUAGUCCCAUUUGCAUGCUUCGUCGUACUCGCUGGGAACACAAUUGCAACGUCCUCAACCGAAGACUUAGCACUCCUCUCUGCUGCCGUGACAGCGAUAGAACCCAUAGCCACCAGCUCGCCAUCUGGUAGGAAGAUUCAUGAAAUUUGCAAGUCAUUUUAUCAAGCAGCCACUUUCUCAGUCGCACGGCAGGCAACAAUCCCAAGAGUGCCGCCGUUUCCUGCAACAGGUACACCUUUCAACCAUCCAGUAAGUGAGCUGUUAGAUGUUUCGGAAAGCCAGUUAUAUGACCAUAUAAUGGCGCCACAAGACUGGGAUGCGGUGAUGGCCGAAUUUGAAUUGGGAAUUGGUGUCGGGGCGAUGGCUUCGUUUAUGGAACCGUAUAUGCCGUUCGAUGGACAGUUGCCUUGAAUGCAAGACUUGAUGAAGUCAUAAUUCACAAACAAUCAUGGGAUGUGACGGAACGAAGAUAUAUGAACAGGUCGGAUACACUGACAUGCGUAAAAUAUAGC